AUGUCGCUGGAAGAGAGCAUCGAACGAUUCUGGAAGACAGAUUCAUUAGUGAUGAAGGAUGGCUACUCGCCUGAGGAACGAAGAUGCGAGCAGAUAUUCCGUGAUACAACGGCGAGAAAUGAGACUGGGCGUUAUAUCGUACGCUUACCCCGUCAUCCCGAUUUCGGCAUCAGACUGGGUGCUUCCAAGGUAAGCGCAGUACGAAGAUAUGAUCUGUUGGAGAGGAGAUUCGCUAAAAAUGCAAAGUUGAAGGAAGAGUACCAUGCGUUUAUGAAGGAGUAUCUUGAACUCGGGCACAUGAGUUUAGUUCGGGAUGGAGAUGCAGUACCUGCUGAGUCGUAUUAUUUGCCACAUCAUCCUGUGUUCAAGGAGUCUAGCACCACAACGAAAAUCAGGGUCGUGUUCGACGGUUCUUCUAAAACCACCAGCGGGUACUCGUUGACUGAUGCUUUGUGCGUGGGACCAGUGGUGCAGGACGACUUGCUAGAUCAGCUUUUGCGGUUCCGCACGUAUAAGGUGGUAUUAGUUGGCGAUAUAGCAAAAAUGCACCGCCAAAUACUUCUUCAUCCUGACGAUCGACCGUUGGUGCGAAUCUUGUUUCGCUUCGAGCCGCAGCAGCCGGUGCAGACCUACCAGCUGAAUACUGUUACGUAUGGUCUCGCACCUUCAUCCUUUCUCGCUACGCGCGCUCUUAUUCAGCUGGCUGAUGAUGAGGGUAAUGCAUACCCACGAGCGGGCCCCGCUCUACGAAAGAAUUUUUACGUCGACGACUUCAUCGGUGGGGCCCAAUCAGUUGAGGAAGCCACCUGCCUACGAACUGAAUUGGCUGAGCUACUACAAAAGGGCGGAUUUGAGCUGCGGAAAUGGACGUCGAACUGUGUUGAUGUGCUGCAUGGGCUGGAUGAGGCACAGGUUGGAACCACAACCAAAAUGAGCUUCGAUUCUCACGAAGCCGUGAAGACACUUGGCAUCAGUUGGGUUCCACAAGGUGAUUGGCUGGUGUUUGAAGGUGUGUGCCAGCCAGACGACGAUGUGAUCACCAAGCGAUCUGUGUUAUCUGCCAUCGCAAAAAUGUACGAUCCUUUGGGGAUGAUAGCGCCGAUAAUCAUCCGUGCUAAGAUGAUUAUGCAGGAGAUAUGGGUGUCGUCACGUGAUUGGGAUGAAUCGUUGCCAGAAGACAUCGUAUGCAAGUGGAAGCAAUUUCAGAAGGAGAUACGAUCUCUAUCACAAUAUCGAAUGGACAGAUUCAUACUGCUUCCUGAGGCGCGAAACAUCGAGCUGCACACUUUUGCUGAUGCAUCUUCUGCAGCCUAUGGAUACGAUUCUUUGAACAUUUACGCGUUCGUGUUGUAA